AUGCCACGUCCUAGACGCCUUGAUGUCGCAAAAAUCCGGCAAACCAGCACUGCCGAGGCCCUAAGCAGAGAAAUAUGGACCUGUUUUAUUACCCGAGCCGAUGGAGAAGUCAGUAAUCAGUGGUCGUCACUGAAGACCUCAGUCUAUGGGGUAGCUGAGAAAACCCUUCGAUACACCCAGCGACGCCGCAGUGACUGGAUCAGCGGAAGAACCCUGCAGUUUUCUGCUCAGACGGCUAGAGCUAGGUCCCGCAACGAUGAUUACUUUCGCCAACUUCGGAAGAUGACGGCAAAAUCGGCCAGGGAUGACCGGAAGCAAUAUUGGGUUGAAAUAGCGACCUCCAUGGAACAGGCCUCGAACGUUGGUGACAUUCGAAAGUUCUACCGUCUGAUCCGCCAAGUUAGUGGUAAGCCCUCUACACUGAGUGACUCUGUUCGUGACGUGAACGGCGGCUUUAUUGCUGACAACUCGGCCAAAGUCGAGCGCUGGCGUGAGCACUUUGAACACCAUCUCAACUUUGAUACUCAACCUACCUCGCCCUUGCUCUCCUCUGCAGCGGAGUUUUUUCCCUCUCCUACCUACGCAGUGCCAUGUGACUCCCCCUCUGAAGGAGAAGUCGCCGAUGCCAUACGAAAGUUGCGCAACAAUAAGGCACCCGGAGAGGACGGUAUACCCGCUGAAGUAUUCAAGUCUUGUGUCGACACUCUGGCGCCCUGA